UGCCCCAGCCGCUCAGAGCGUCGCGGGCGGGUUGCUGCGCGCGGGCGCGGCGGGGUCGCCGUUUUCCAGCCGGUCCGCGUCCGCGUCCGCCGCGCCGGCGGCAGCCAGUAUGUUCAGGAUGCUGAACAACGGCUUCGAGGACGAUCCCUUCUUCUCUGAUUCUUUUCAUUCACACCGAGAAAAUAUGCGGCAUGUGAUGAGAAAUUUCUCUGAUCCAUUUGGAAGAGACUUGCUCAGUGUCUCUGAGUGUGGAGGGAGAGCUUGCAGCCACAGGGGAUGGGACGAUGAUGAAGAUGCCUUGACUGUACUUAAGCAUGCUAGCUGCAGCUCUGCUGAUCAUCCAUUGAAAGCAGAGGCCAGGAGUUCUCUCAGGUCUUUCGGCAGUUUUGGCGGUUUGCGUGCCGAUAGCAACCCUUUCCAGGCAAUGGACCGAAUGAUGCUAAAUAUGGGAAACAAUAUGCAGGAAUUACAAAGAAAUUUUGGUCAGCUUUCAAUGGAUCCAAAUGGACAUUCAUUUUGUUCUUCCUCAGUGAUGACAUACUCCAAAAUAGGAGAUGAGCCACCUAAGGUUUUCCAGGCCGCCACUCAGACCCGUAUGGCUCCAGGAGGAAUAAAGGAAACCAGGAGAGCAAUGAGAGAUUCUGACAGUGGACUAGAAAAAAUGGCUGUUGGCCAUCAUAUCCAGGACCGAGCUCACGUCAUCAAAAAGUGCAAGAACAGCAAGACUGGGGAUGAAGAGGUCAAUCAGGAGUUCUUCAACAUGAGCGAGAGUGAUGCUCAUGCCUUUGAUGAUGAGUGGCAAAGUGAGGUCUUGAAGUACAACCCCGGAGGGCGAACACGCAAAGUGGAGAACACCAGGAUGCGCAGUGUUGGUCACGAGAAUGCAGGAUCCCGAGAGCUGAAAAGAAGGGAGAAAUCUCAUCAUAGUCCAGCCCUUGAAAGUGGAAGAAAAUCAAAAGCUUUUGUGGACAAACUCAACAUCAAAGGAUCACCUGUGAAAAUCAACAAAAAAUAAACAGCCAUGCCCUGGA